UACGGCAGCUACCACUUCAACUGAACCAAGUACCCCAACAACUGAAGGGACUUCUACUGAGAUUACAACAACAGAAUCAAUGACCACAACAGCCAGCACAUCAACUGAACUCACUAGUACAACAGCAGAAGGCACUUCAACUGAGGCUACAACCACAGCAGCCACCAGUUCUGCUCCCACUGAAUCUACAACUGCGAUGGUGCCCACCACUUCAACUGAACUGACCUCCGCAUCUCCAGGCAGUUCUACAGAGGCUGUGACUACUACAGGCAGCCCUUCUACUGAAUCAACCACUACACCAUCUACUAGCACUUCUUCUGAGGCUCCAACCACAGCAUCCAUCAUUCCAACUACCAUUGAACCUAUAACCACUGUUGGCAGCACUUCAGCUGAAACAACCAGUGCUGCUACAAGCAGUUCUUCUGAGGCUACAACCACAGCAACUACCACAGCUGUUUCCACUGUGUCUACUACCACAACAGCAGCUACCACUUCAAUUGAAGUGAGUACUUCAACAACUGCAGGGACUUCUACUGAGGUUACAACAAUAGAAUCUAUGACCACAGCAGCCAGCACUUCAACUGAAUUCAGUACAACAACUGUAGGCACUUCAGCUUAGGCUACAAAC